AUGUCAAGUCCGGGCUCGGCUGCCGGCCCUUCGGACACCUUUGAAGAGGCUGCUCCAGCGCCGCGAAGAUCUAGUCGUGGGAAGAAGGCAGCAGACGAACAAGACACAGUUAUGACGGAAUCGGACGAGGUUGGAGUGGAUCGCAUUUAUUCACCCCCACCUGAUUCCGAACACGAACAAGAUGACAGCGAAGAUAAUGAAGAGGACGGCCUCCAUCGAUAUACACAGGACAGUCUUUCAGACUCGUUUGGUGGUGGGUUCUCUAUGCCUCCGCGUGGUUCUGGCCUGCCGGCCGCCUUGAGCAUGCUUGGAGGCAUGCUCUCUAUGUCUGGCAUCGGCGGUCGUCUUCGAGAGAUUCUGAACAGCCUUCGUCAAAAGGACGACCCCUCCGUGCAGCUGAUAGCACUCCAAGACCUAUCGGAAAUUCUUCUCGUAUCGAACGAGGACAACCUAUCCGGCAGCUUCUCACCGGAUGCGUAUGUGAGGGAGCUUGUGAGUCUCAUGCAACCAAACGAGAUUACGGGAGAAGAGAAUCCAGAGGUAAUGCUGCUUGCAUGCCGAUGCCUAGCAAAUCUCAUGGAGGCUCUGCCAGCAAGUGUAGCCAACGUGGUUUACGGUGGUGCCGUGUCUAUUCUUUGUCAAAAGCUGCUGGAGAUCUCGUUCAUUGAUCUUGCCGAGCAGGCUCUCAGCACACUUGAAAAAAUAUCUUUUGAGUAUCCUGCCAGUAUCGUGCGCGAGGGCGGCCUGACGGCAUGUUUAUCAUACCUCGAGUUUUUCGCCACCAGCACGCAACGAACCGCUGUUACAACUGCUGCAAAUUGCUGCCGCAACAUACCAGAGGACUCGUUCCCAGUCGUUCGCGACGUUAUGCCCAUACUCUUGAACGUCUUGAAUAGCAGUGAUCAGCGGGUUGUGGAGCAGGCAGCGCUCUGUGUGUCUCGCAUCGUGGAAAGUUUCAAGCACCAACCGUCCAAACUCGAAGAGCUUGUCGGGGUGGAUAUGUUAAAGGCUAUCCUUCGGCUUCUCCUACCUGGCUCGACAAACUAUGUGAUGGCACCCAACCUACACACACAGUUUCUACGCGUGCUCGCAAUUGCGGCACAUGAUAGCCCGCAUCUAGCAGCGGAGCUCUUUAAGAUGAAUGUUGUUGAAACCCUGUACCAAAUUUUGACAGGCGUUUCUCCGCCGCCCGGCACUGAGGACAUCACAUCCAAACUGGACAGUGUUUUGAUUAUGCAGGCUUUGAUUCACCGACCCAGGGAGCAAAUAAUCGAGACGCUGAACGUUAUUUGCAAUCUGUUGCCAAGAGAAGCUACCAACCUCUAUACUGGACCAUCAAAUGAUGUCACGGAAUUGUCUGGCUCUGCAGAUUGCAGGGGUAGCGCGGCCGCUAUCGAUUACUCAAACUCUCGAAAACGAUCAAUUUUGAACGAGAAGCGGAUUGACCUACUCAAGGACUGCAAACUCGAGGUUCGGCGGUUUGCCUUGAUACUUUUCCCAACGUUGACAGACGCUUAUUCAAGCACCGUAAACCUGGACGUUCGGUCAAAGGUCCUGUCAGCCCAACUGAAGAUGCUGUCGAAUUUCGAUCAAGACAUUAUCCAAGAGGCUCUCAAAGCGGUCCCAUACGCGUCAUUCCUAGCAUCUAUCCUGUCUCAGCAGGAUCACUCUAUUCUGGUAAAGUCGGCACUGCAAGCAACUGAACUGCUUCUGGCGCGACUCGACAAUGUCUACAGAUAUCAGCUUUAUCGAGAGGGUGUCAUCAACGAGAUUGAGAAGAUUGCUAGUAUGGUCGAGCCAGAGCCACCUCUAGAGCCAGAGCCGGAUACACAGGCUGAUUCUGAAAACGAGUCUCUAGGAGAGGAGCCUCUUUGUGUAGAUGCCAUCUUGAGGUCUUCAGUAGAAGACCAUGUGGACUCUGCCAGCGAACUUGAAAGCGGCGAUCGCGAUACCAGCAGCAAGAGCAGAUGUCAUACGGGAAACAGAGAAGGAGACACCAACAUUGAUGGGGAGGUGGAAGAGAAUGAUGGCGACGGCGAUGAUGCAGGCAGUUCCCAGCUUUCUUCUGACGACGACGAGGCGGAAGAAGGUGAGGACGGCGAGAACAAUGACAAUGAUAUGGAGGAUCACCAUGAUGAGGCACCUGGCUCCCCCGCUAGCUCCGAUGGCUCAACAACUUCCACCGAUUCCCCACCGAGACAUUUGGUGGCCAAUGUACCAUCUCGGGCCCGUAUAGCUCAUUUCGCGAAAAGAAUUCUGGACACGCACGAGACCGAGAAGAGUGGCAGAGAAAUGCGACAGAAAGCAACUGAAAUUCUCUCCGGUCUGUUUGGUUUGGCUCAGGAGAUAUCGAGUUUCUAUCUUGAACGAAGCUCUGCCAGCAGGCCCUUGGAAGACGGUAUCGUUCUGUUUGAGAGGCUAGCAGGUUUUUUUGACUCGGACGUGUUCGAAAGUGUCACCAGCGCCGAGCUCCUUGAGUCUGGUCUUGUUCGUGUCCUUGAACUCAUAUUUAGCAACCCCCAAGAAGGACUUGCCAAUGCUGCAAGAUCUGCCUUUCUAGAAGUUUUUAUGGGUUACGCCGUAAAAUCGCGACCUAAGACAGCAACUUCAGACUCCCCAACUACACCUUUCAGUAUUUUGGUACACAAGUUGCAAGACCUACUCAGCCGAUCCGAGAAUUUUGAGGUCGUUACUGUUCAUCAUAACACCUUUGACGGGAACCACAGCAGCGCUGCUUCGAUGCUCGCCAAACAAAUCAGGCUUCGGUUAGUUGCAGACGACGGCUCUGAUAUACCUGGGCCAUUUCGAAGUAUCAUGGUAUCUAUCCAUGCUAUAGCGACAUUUCAGGCCUUAGAAGACUAUCUGAGGCCUAGAAUCAACCUUUCUGACCGCUCGCGAAAUAUCAAAAGUGAUGGCUUCUCGAGGGCACUGGCUGCCAUGGCUGGUUCUUCGAGUGGGGGGCUUAGCACUUCUGCUGCUGCACGUCUUUCUGAGCGUAGCGCUCGGUUACUUCCAGGGGGAUCAUUGAUGUUGCGACACAGUCCCUCUGCCCCAUCCGAAGCUCCGGCAAGCACCGCGUCCCGCCAGCUUUCGCAUUCCCGACAGGUGCCACCAGCCGAACUAGAAGACAUACAUCCAGGUCGCACGGCUAGCAAGCAGAGAGCAUCAGCAACCAUGCGAGCACCCACCAUGGCGACGGAGGAGACACAAAUUGUGCCAGGUCACGGGUCGGGCUCAAGAGACAAACCUGCUACGCACCAAUCUUCCCGCCACCUUCCAGCCUUCUCUACCGAAUUGGCAUUAUCAAGUUCACCCGGUGAGGCGGACCCACCAGCAGAUGCUCUCGAUUGGAGCGGACGGAUCUCGGAUCUUAACGCCUUCAAGGAGCUCGCCAAGCGUUUCUGGGAGGACCCGGCUAGACACGAUGAGCAUCUCGGGCGCUCAAUCUGGUCCACAAUUCAUUUGGUGCAUUAUCGCCGUGUUCCGGGAUCCAAGCAGGCCGAGGUCUUGACAUCAAGUCAAAUGGCCGAACCCAUCAAUUGCUCUGUUGAUCACGAAACGACAGAUGCCAGUGCGGCCCGGGGCCCACUGGACAAAAACCCGAUCGCGUCGUCGAUCUUGCGACUUCUCCGAAUUCUCCACGAUCUGAAUGCAAACAUCGACGAUGUACUGGUGACAAACAAAGAAGCUUUGAAACUCAACGUCGAACCGCUGUCGCAGUUUGUCAACACGAAGCUGACAGCUAAGCUGAAUCGUCAAUUGGAAGAGCCCCUCAUUGUUGCCAGUAGCUGUUUGCCGAAUUGGAGCGAGGAUUUGGCCGGGCUUUAUCCCUUUCUAUUUCCAUUUGAAACCCGCCACCUAUUUCUGCAAUCCACCUCGUUCGGAUACGCACGUUCGAUGGCACGAUGGCAAAACUCGCAAGUUCAAGAUGAGUCUCGCCGAGACCGUCGUGAUGACCGCCCUUAUCUUGGCCGCUUGCAGCGUCAGAAAGUGCGAAUAUCUCGCUCCAAAAUCCUCGAGUCGGCCGUGAAGGUUAUGGAGCUUUACGGUGCAUCGCAAAGCAUGUUGGAGGUUGAAUAUUUCGAGGAAGUUGGUACAGGGCUGGGGCCCACCUUGGAAUUCUAUUCGACUGUCUCGAGGGAAUUUUCGAAGAAGAAACUCAAACUGUGGCGUGACAACGAUUUCGGCGAUUCUGAAUUUGUCACUAGCCCGAACGGGCUGUUUCCGCGACCACUAAGCAACGAAGGUGGGACUGGCCCAAAUGACGAGCGCAUCCUGAGCCUAUUUCGAGCACUGGGAAAGUUUGUGGCUCGGUCUAUGCUCGACUCUCGCAUUAUCGACAUCAAUUUCAAUCCGAUCUUCUUCCGAAUUGGUGACGAAUCGACGGGCGUACGCCCAUCGUUAGGGGCUAUCAAAGUGGUCGACCCGACGCUGGCUCGUUCCCUCCAGCUCAUCAAAAAGUUUGCGAUUGCAAAGAGAGAGGUCGAAGAGGACCCGCAUCGUUCUGUCUCCCAGAAGGUGGUCGAUAUCCAGGCCAUUACCGUCGACGGCACCAACAUCGAUGAUCUAUCCUUGGACUUCACCCUCCCAGGCUACCCGGAGAUUGAGCUUGUCACCGGGGGCGCCCAUAUGAACGUCACGAUUGAGAACGUCGAUGUGUAUAUAGAACGUGUCGUGGCACUGACUUUGGGAAGCGGUGUACGCCGCCAAGUCGAUGCAUUUCGCAACGGGUUUUCCCAAGUGUUCCCUUACUCUACAUUGAGUGCCUUCACACCGGAUGAGCUGUCAUCCCUUUUUGGACGGAUCGAGGAAGAUUGGUCUCUCGAAACUCUUGUGGACUCUGUUAAAGCCGACCACGGCUUCAACAUGGAUAGCAGCAGCGUCAAAAAUCUUCUGCAGGUCAUGAGCGAGCUCACUCUGGCAGAGCGGCGUGACUUUCUCCAGUUCACUACGGGCAGUCCAAAACUGCCUAUUGGGGGUUUCCGCAGCUUGACACCGAUGUUUACGGUAGUAUGCAAACCGAGCGAACCUCCAUUUGUUUCAGAUGACUACCUUCCUAGCGUUAUGACGUGUGUCAAUUACCUCAAAUUGCCUGAUUAUACCACCGUCGAUGUUCUUAGGAAGCGGCUGUUCACCGCCAUCAAGGAAGGACAGGGCGCUUUUCAUCUGUCGUGA